UCCGGCUGGGUAGUGUGCUGAGACGCACCUGGCGUAACCCUCUCCUUUCUGAAUCCGAGUCCAGGUCCCGCGGAGGCUGCAGCCAUGAAGGAGAGACGGGCCCCCCAGCCAGUCGUGGCCAGAUGUAAGCUCGUUCUGGUGGGGGAUGUGCAGUGUGGGAAGACAGCAAUGUUACAGGUGUUGGCCAAGGACUGCUAUCCCGAGACGUAUGUGCCCACUGUGUUUGAGAAUUACACAGCCUGCUUGGAGACAGAGGAACAGAGAGUGGAGCUCAGUCUCUGGGACACUUCAGGAUCUCCCUACUAUGACAAUGUCCGUCCACUCUGCUACAGUGACUCGGACGCAGUAUUACUGUGCUUUGAUAUCAGCCGUCCAGAGACUGUGGACAGUGCACUCAAGAAGUGGAGGACGGAAAUCCUUGACUAUUGUCCCAGCACCCGUGUCUUGCUUAUUGGUUGUAAGACCGACCUGAGGACAGACCUGAGCACUCUGAUGGAGCUGUCACACCAGAAGCAGGCGCCCAUCUCUUAUGAGCAGGGCUGUGCCAUUGCCAAGCAGCUGGGUGCAGAAAUAUACCUGGAAGGCUCGGCUUUCACCUCAGAGAAGAGUAUCCACAGCAUCUUCCGGACAGCGUCCAUGGUGUGUCUGAACAAACCCAGCCCGAUGCCCCCGAAGAGCCCUGUCCGAAGCCUCUCCAAGCGACUGCUCCACCUCCCCAGCCGUUCUGAACUCAUCUCUUCCACCUUCAAGAAGGAAAAGGCCAAAAGCUGUUCCAUUAUGUGAAGUGGGGGUUGGAGAGGGGAGACAACCUCCCACUUCCUCCCUUGGGUUGCAGGGGCACGGGGAGAGGGAGGAGGAGACAAUUUAGGACUCUGGACAUGAGAUUUUCAGAUGGCCGCGGUGAGGGCUCGGAAGGAGACAGGAACGAGACAAGGAAAGAGCCAGGCCCGGCUUGAGGACCUGACACUGAGAAAGAACCAUCACACCCCAAGCCAGGCACUAGAUGGUGGAGGGGGCGGCUGCCCCAGUGCCCUCUGCUCCAGUGACAGAAAAGGUGUGGGGGUUUGGGGGGCAUGCUGGCCUCACGGCUUUGGUUGGGGGCCUAUAGGAGCCUCGCUUCAGCAUCAUGCCUCUUCCACACAGCGUUUCCAUGCAGGCCAGGGGAUGGGAGGGGUCCCUGAACCCUUCUCUUCCCCUCUGAGGAGGCUGCAGAGGAGUGGAGGGUGGGGAAGCCAAGAGGCAGCUCCCUUGGGAGCUGAGCCCAGGUGCUUCAUAACUGGUAACUGAAAUCAGAAGGCAGGAGCUGGUCAGAGCCACCAAGAAGGAAACCUCAUCUUUGCAUAGCCCAUGCCUCAUGGAGAGGUGACAUCAUACAUUCGCAUGCUUCUCGCCUGAGUCCCCAGGGUCCAAGGGAGAAGCCCCAGACCCCCUUCUCUUGCAGUGUGGGGGUGGUGGUGCUGCAGG